CUAUUCCUGGCUUCUUCUGAAGAUACUGAAGGGAGUUUCCAAGAGUUCUUUCCAGUUUUGGAAAAAUCUCUCUGCUCAAGGAUGGUCUCAGCCAAGAACCUAGAAGAGUAGAGAGAAAAUUAUUUUUCCUCUUCUACAACAUCUUGCACUUUUCUCAAUGUCGAGCAGGCAAAAGAUGCCAGUGAUCAAUAUUGAGGACCUGACAGAAAAGGACAAAUUGAAGAUGGAAGUCGACCAGCUCAAGAAAGAAGUGACACUGGAAAGAAUGAUGGUGUCCAAAUGUUGUGAAGAAGUCAGGGAUUAUGUUGAAGAAAGAUCUGGGGAGGAUCCAUUAGUAAAGGGUAUACCAGAGGACAAAAAUCCCUUCAAGGAGCUCAAAGGAGGCUGUGUGAUCUCAUAAGAAAAAAAAUUUUUUUAAUCCCGUGGAAUAUCUUGAGCUUUAAUGAUGUACUAAUGUUUGGUCAUAUGUAAUAAUAUGGUUAAGCAUAUACAUAAAUUUUAAAAUUAUAAGUGGUUAAUAAAAU